ACGACGACAAGCAUCAUGCCACCCAAAACUUCCGGAAAGGCUGCCAAGAAGGCCGGUAAGGCCCAAAAGUCUAUCACCAAGGGUGAUAAGAAGAAGAAGCGCAGGAGGAAGGAGAGCUACAGCAUCUACAUCUACAAGGUGCUCAAGCAGGUCCACCCUGAUACCGGUAUCUCCUCCAAGGCCAUGUCUAUCAUGAACUCUUUCGUGAAUGACAUUUUUGAGCGCAUUGCAGCUGAGGCUUCCCGCCUUGCACACUACAACAAGCGUUCCACCAUCACCAGCCGGGAGAUUCAGACCGCUGUCAGGCUGUUGCUCCCUGGAGAACUUGCCAAGCACGCUGUUAGUGAGGGCACAAAGGCCGUCACAAAGUACCUUUCCCCAAGUAAAAUCUCUGGGUUUCAUGCUUUUUUGCCCCUAGAAAAAACAUCGGCUCCUUUAGGGCCCAAAAUUGUAAAAAAGCAGUAUCAUGAUUUGGUGAACAAAUCGCAGGUGAACAACCCUGAAGUGACCGCACGGAAACGUACGUCCGUGAUAGAUUUUAUCGGGUGUGUCUUAGGUGAUGUCCAGCAAUACUCUCGUAAUGCCAGAUUAGUACCAUAG